AGAUUCGAGAGUGGUUCAAUAUGUUUAUAGCUUCCAACACAAUCGAACUAAAAUAAAUUAGUAUAUACUAAAAACUAGGACAUUAUGAUACUAGAAUAGGUUACGUACUCCUGUUCGAGACAACUAAAACACGUGUCCAAUGGCGAACUUUUAACGACUUUUACUUAUUAUCUACUGAUUAUGCUUACAUUUUUGCACCAACAGUGUCUUGGAAACCACGAAUUUGAUCUAGAAGUUGAAGGUCUUGCAAAGUUUCUCGAUAAUGUCACGUUUCCAGUCGUAAGCGCAAACACUGACGUCACAAAUGAACCACGUCUAGCAGGAAAGUUCUCGAAAUCUUGGACUACAACUAUAGGUGGUGAAGAAAUCGGCGUUGUUGGAUAUGUUACCACAGAAACUGCUCAAAUCUCAAAUGGGGGACCAAAUGUGAAGUUCCAUGACGUAAUUACAUCAGUCCAAGAUGAAGUAGCCCUACUAAAAGUCCAAGGAAUUAACAAGAUAAUUGCUCUUGGGCAUGCAGGGAUAGAUAUGGAUAAACAAGUAGCUGCUAUAGAUGGUGUUGACCUGGCUAUUGGUGGACAUACUAACACAUUCUUGUACAACGGUGAGAAACCAGCUGGUGAAGAUAUAGAAGGACCGUAUCCUAUUGUUGUUGACCAGCCAGGUGGUGGUAAAGGACUUGUGGUUCAAGCCUACACCUUGGGCAAAUACCUUGGUUACCUUAACCUGAAGUUUGACUCCAAUGGCAUAGUAACAAACUAUUCGGGAAACCCUAUCCUAUUGGAUUCUACAGUUUCAGAGGAUGUGCGGAUUUUACAGGAAAUAAAUGAAUGGAGGAAGCCUGUAGAGAAACUGAAUUCACUAACAGUCGGUUAUUCUAAUGCAAUAAUGGACGGUGAGAGGUUAUCAUGCAGACUUAAGGAAUGUAAUCUAGGAAAUCUUAUGACAGACGGAAUUGUAGACUACCACAUGAAUUUCAGUCACCCGGAAUCUGACUGGGCGCCGGCUGCUAUAGCUUUCUGGAACGGUGGUGGUAUUAGAUCAUCUAUUGAUAAAGGAGUAGUAAGUGCAGGAGAGAUUUACAGCGUGUUACCAUUUGGAAAUGAGAUAGAUCUUAUAACAGUGUCCGGUAAAAACCUCCGGGAACAGUUAGAACAUUCCGUCGCAAUAUAUAACCGGUCCGACCCAUUCGGUGCCUUUUUUCAGAUGUCGGGACUUCGAGUUGUGUACAAUAUACAGAACACCGUCGGGAGCCGCGUUGUUUCGGCAGAAGCCAGAUGUCUGAGUUGCGACAUACCAAAAUAUUACCCUCUCCGAGAUAGUGCAAUGUACAACAUAUUUGUGUCGACUUUUAUAUUAAAUGGAGGUGAUGGAUAUAAAUUUGAAGCUUUAAAACGACAACGUUUUAAUACAUUAGACGCAACAACACUGAUUGAGUACUUUAAGAAGCACAGUCCCGUAUUUGCAGAGGUCCGGGGUAGAAUCCGGUUCAGUAUAGAUUCUGUUUCAGCGUCGGGUACCCAGCAUUUACCCACUAUCAUCUUCAUAAUUUCUUCAUGUAUUAUCACAUUUUUGUAAAAGUUUGUCGUUGUCAUUUUUAAGCACAUUAAAUCUAAGAAAUGAAUAAAUAUCCUUUUGUAAAAACGGGAAAAAUAGCACAGUGUAAACUAAUCAAUAGUAAAUAUAGUAAACUGUAAAUAAAG